AGCGAAGAAGUGCGUUUCAGGAAGUGCCAAAAUUGUGAUGUGCGGUAGACAUACUUUUUUCUUCACACUUUGGAGUCAAAAGCCAUGACAGAACCCAGAGUGUCUUCCAUUGAUGGCAAGCUGGCUGAAGAGUUUGCUGCUCCUUCCCAUGUGGACGAGGUCCGGGAGAGGAUAGCUGCUUUUGCCCGACUCCACGCUGAGGCAGGCCGCUGUGUGGUUCUCAUCUCAUCGGGUGGCACCAAAGUCCCGCUGGAGUCACGCACCGUUCGCUUUCUGGAUAAUUUUAGCAGCGGCAGGAGGGGAGCGCAGUCCGCCGAGUACUUCUUGGAGACCGGUUACGCCGUUGUCUUCCUGCACAGGCAUCGCUCACUCUACCCGUACGCUCGCACGCUCUCCUCCAUCAAUGUGCUGGACGCCCUGGAAUUCUCAGGCGGGACUCAAGAACCGGACCGUGUGGUGGUGAACCCGGAGGUGCUCCCCAACAUGGCCAAAGUGCUUAAGAAGUAUCGGGAGGUCACAGAUGCCCAACUCCUGCUCCCUAUCGAGUUCAGCACUUUGUCAGAGUAUCUGCAUCUCCUCAAGGCGUCAGCACAGUCCCUCAACGCCAUAGGAUCAAAGGCCAUGUUUUACUUGGCGGCGGCUGUGUCGGAUUUCUACAUCCCAGUGUGUGACAUGCCAGAGCACAAAAUUCAAUCUUCCAACGGACCGCUUCAACUAAGCUUGAAGAUGGUGCCCAAAAUUUUAUCGCCGCUGGUGAAAGACUGGGCGCCGCAGGCCUUCGUCAUAUCCUUCAAACUGGAGACGGACGCCGCCAUCUUGCUGGACAAGGCUCGACGAGCGCUGGAAACGUACAGGCACCAGGCGGUGGUCGCCAACGUGCUGGACUCACGGCGAGGCUACGUGGUGGUGGUGACGCCUACCAGCCAACACGAGGUGGUCCUCUCCAAGGAGGAUGUCAACAACCAGGUGGAGAUCGAGGAGAGGAUCGUUACUAAUUUGACAGCGGCGCACGAGCGUUUCAUUGAACAACAAGUGGGCUGACCGCCAUCACAGUUUUCAUGUGGGCUUGAUGUUUGGCUUUAAUUGUAGAAUAGUUUGAAACAGACAAUUUUGAGCCAUACUUCAAAAUUUGAAGAGGACUUUCCUGAUCAGUCUUGUUUAAAUAGCCCCAAGAUAAAUAUCAGUAUUUGUUAGGAAUAAUGUUCACGCUAACUUUAACUAAAAUGUUUGACAUUUUUUCACUCUUUUUUUUUUUCUGUUCAAUUAUCUUAACCUGUUAAUGUAACAACUUAUUAAAGAUUGUAAAAAGAUGAA